UUAGCUUGGCUGAUUUUCUAGUGUUAAGUUAAUAAAUCCGUAUAAUUGUCAAUGCGCCUAAAUGCAAUACAUAUUAUAUAUAUUAUGUAUUCCUGUUACCAGGUUUGAAUCAUCUGUCUUUGAUGUCAUUGGUCCCUAAAACGUUUUGAGCACUUAGGAUCUGUUAAGGCUGUGUGCAUAACGUGCCGCAGCUACAGUGGUGUGUGCAUUUCGGAACUAUGCCUGUCGCUCACAUCAUUACCACGUCAAGUCUUCGAACUGGAGAUAAAGUUAUUUGAAGCAAUUGCUUGAUGAUGUUCCUGGGUACGACGAGUCCUGACAUAUGCCUUUGUAGCUCGACCUUACAUAUAUGAAUCGGAAACAUCUCUCGCCGAGGAGGAGGAUGCAGUUCCAUAAUGGUCUGUGGACACUCAUGCUUCUUGCCAGUGUUGCUGUGGUUAAUGUGGUUUUCAAUCAACCCCUAUGUCUACCGUGCAAGUGCUUUGAUAGCAACGGAAGUUUUAUCGCAAACUGCAGCCACAAAAGUCUGGAUCGAAUACCAUCUUUCCUCCCGAAUUAUACCAAAGAGUUGUUAUUCAGUGGAAACAAUGUGAGCAAACUCUCCAAUGAUUCCUUCGUGACGAUACCUCUACUGACACGUUUAGACUUGUCAAACAUCAGUGUAAGCCUCAUUGAAACGGCAGCUUUUGCUAACUUGUCAAACCUACGCUAUCUGUCAUUACAAGGAAACAACUUAGCAUACAACAAUCUUUCCUCCUCCAUAUUUCAAAACUUGCAAAACCUGACUGUCCUGUACCUAAACAACAACAUUGACACAGAUGACGCUACAGUGGAAUACCCAAGUGAUGCAAUUCAAAGACUGUCGUCUCUUACGACUUUGUAUGUCGAUGGUCUAAAAGAUAAAAUAUUUGCCUCAGGGUUUUCGAAACUAAAAAAUCUAAUUAACCUGACAAUCGAAAGUAGCAAAAAUAAAUGUGACAUGUAUAAUAUAACUCUACACACGUUUAAAUACUUACCCUAUCUUGAACAUGUAAAGAUUAUUCACUGUAAUCUUCACUUUAUUGCACAGGGAUCCUUUCGUCAUCAACAUCAUCUUAAAACGUUGGACUUGUCUCAUAAUAAUGCGCUUACAUUCAAAGGCGUUACACAUGCUACACAUGGAAUAGCAUCAUCACUUGAAGGAUUAUUCAUAGAUGAAAUAGUAAAUCCACACGCGAUUUGCGUUAACAUUACACAGCAAUUUUGUAAAAACCUUAACCACACCAACCUGACUGAAUUACAUGCCAAUAGGAACAGAGUAACCGUAUUUCAGGCAGGGGCACUUAGAUUCCUUCCACCAUCACUGAAAAAGGUUUAUUUAAAGGGAAACAGAUUUGAAUAUUAUACUUACAUUGGGGAUAUUUCAUCUUUAGUGGGAUUAGAAGUGGUUGAUUUAGGAGGUUAUGCCAAUAAGAAACUGCCGUUUCAGUCUCUGGUCGAUUUCAAACAAACUUCAACUUGCACCGACUGUAAUGUUCUAAGUGAACGCCUAAGUUCCACCUCCUUGGACGAUGAACAUUCAUCCUAUCCAGUUACAAUUCAUUUACCUCCAAACCUACAGAAAGUGUAUUUUUCAAUCUCACAAUUGUACUUUCAUAUCGGAAGUUUUGCAGUUACUGAGAACAACAUUACACGAAUUGAUGUUUCACGGAACCUUUUUACAAAAUGGAAUGGAACUAUUGAUGGACUUGAAAAACUUGAAUACUUAGACCUUUCAUAUAAUAUUGCAAAUUAUGCCACAUCGGACUUUUUCAGUUCUUUUCAGAAUCUUAAACGUUUGAACAUUUCCCACAAUCUGCUAGGCACUGUUUUAGGUAUCUCUGGAGGGGAUAUGUUCAGAUCACUGAGCCAGCUUCAGAUCUUGGACCUAUCAGCAAACUACAUAAAUAACUACUCAUCUAUUCUUUUUUCAAACAUGUCAUCGCUGCGAGAGCUAAUCAUUUCUAGGAAUAGGAUAUAUGCCUUACGAUUUGAUAUAAGUCACAUGAAAAACUUAAGACUUUUACAAUGUUCCGGGAACGAAUUACCUGGGUUAACGGAGGACUUUACAACUAGCCUUGACAAACUUUCGGAUCAUCAUAAAAUGACAGUGGACCUAUCACAAAACCCUAUCCAAUGCACAUGCAUCAACCUUCCAUUUCUCUCAUGGAUGGUAACAGCUAAUGCUACAGGCAGAAUUUCGUUUCGAAAUCUUUCAGAGUAUAUAUGCUUUUAUGAUAAUGGGAAAAGGGUGACUCUUGAUAACCUGGAGAAGACUGUGGCAGAUUUAAACGUCUCCUGUCAAUCUUUUCCUUAUCAUUUCGGAUUUUUUGUCGGAAUGUCGUUAGUCGUCCUUGUUACUCUUAGUUUUCUGAUUUGUUCACUACUGUAUCGAUUCCGUUGGAAGUUGAAAUAUUUGUACUAUGCAGCACGACAUAGAUACCGCACAACACAUCCAUCCAAUCACACGUUUGUGUUCGAUGCUUUCGUUUCCUUCGCAGAAGAAGACCGUGAUUUUGUUGUCAAUGAGCUCCUGGUGAAGCUAGAGGAUGAGUCAGACAUGAAGCUGAACUUCCAUCAGAGGGACUUCACCCCUGGCCGUCCUAUAGCUCACAACAUCAUCGAAGCUGUCAAAACCAGCAAACGAACGCUGGUUAUCUUGUCAAGAGAGUUCUUAAAGAGCCACUGGUGCGUCCAUGAGCUUCAGAUGGCUCACAUGGAGAGUGUGUCUACAGGUAGGGAUGUGUUGCUGAUUGUGAUGAUGGAGCACAUUCCGACCAACAAAAUUCCAGUGGAAAUAUUGUAUCAUAUACAAUCGGAUUCUUAUUUGGAAUAUCCAUUGGAAGGGGAGAAACUUAUGUUCUGGAGAAAUCUCAUUGGCUGUCUCAGGGAAUAAAUAACCUGAUACAACGCCUUACCUUUGAAAUAAUCACAAAUAUGCAAGCAUGUAUAUAUGACAAGCUUUAUAACCAGUUAACAGAUUACAAUGAUACAUUACAACUCAAUUAAUCAUGGGCUACAUGUUAAACAACGAGUUGUUUAACAUUCGGCGAAUCUGUUUGAUUGUACGUGAAAUGUAAACAAAUGCAUUUGUAUUCUUCUUUUGACAAGCAUCACUGCCUUACAUGAAAACAUUCAAUAAUCAUUAUAGGUUUUAACCAAUCGCUGUUGUUUUGUAUCUCCUAAGCCAUCAAGUGCCACCUUUCUUAAAGAUGGAAUAUAAUGCGCCAUUAUAUCUGAUGAUAACAAUUAUCUAACAUUACUUUUGUCUCACAAUAUUCUUUUUUGCCAAAGAGUAAUAUGGCAUCUUUAAUUAUCCACCCCAUUGUUACAAUAUCAAUCUGUUAUACUGGAUAUGAUUGUUUGGAUCUUUAUUUCAAUCAUAUUUGUUGAAUUUUCCUCAUCAAUAUAAGUCUGGAUCAAUUACAUUUCCGUUUUGCUAGCAGUAUAUUGUUUACCUUUUGUUGCUAUUGUGAAUAUGUUUACGUUGCUUAAGACUUUCCGAUUACUAUAUUGUCCUGUUACGUGUAAAAGUGUUCUUUUGCUAUGUUCUGUCAAU